UCAAUAUUACUUUAUCUUUUGUUACUCAUACACUAUAUAUAUAUAUAUAUAUAUGACAGUUUAUACAUACGCGCUAUGUAUGAACCGCUUUUAGCAAUAGUGCGCAACGCGUAACUCCUUCCCACCACUUUGGUUUUUUUUCUCUCCUUUUUUUUUCUUUUUUUUUUUUUUAUCUUUUACCCAUUCGCCGUAACGUUAGUAACGUUAGUAUAUACAUAUAACGUUAAUAGUUUUACGUAUCGUUAAUUAAUGUUUAUCAACGAAUUAUUAUCAUAUCAUUUAUCAUCAUUAACGAGCAUCAUGAUUUGUCAUUUAUUUAAUAAAAGAUUAUGAUCGGUACUUAUAUUUAUUCAAAUAUCAUGGUUAAACGAACGAUUUGAUUGGUUAAUUUUAUAACAUGAUACGAUCUAUCGGACGAUGGUCAAAAUGAUCAAGAUUAUAAUUUGUAUGUUAUAACAUUAUGUUAGAUUUGUACUUUGAUAUACUUGUAAAUUCGUUGACCGCAUUAUUAAUCGAAUAGCAAUGGUACCAAUCGCAAAAAUAAUAUCGUGAUUGCCAAUUGGUAAAUAAAAACAUCCCUAUCAAGCAUAAACAUGGCCUCGCGGUAUAAUCACGGUGUUCAGCGAGUUUUAGCAAAAUUAGAAGCAUCUAUAAAUUCAGAAAAUUAUUAUGAAGCUCAUCAAAUGUACAGAACUUUAUAUUUCAGAUAUCUCGGACAGAAGAAGUAUGCAGAAUUAUUGGAAUUAUUGUACAAUGGAUCUUUACUUUUGUUACAGCACGAACAGCAUGUUAGCGGAGCCGACUUAGGAAUUUUAUUAGUAAACGUUUUAAUACAAUCAGAGUUACAACCAUCAUCGGAAUAUUUCGAAAAGAUAACACAUCUGUUUAGUUUAAUGAGCCCGUUCUCUCCCGAAAGAGAAUCAUUUGUACAGUCGGCUCUUCGAUGGAGUACAAAAGGUACAAAUCAUAAAACUGGAGAUCCUGAAUUACAUCAAAGAAUGGCACAAGUAUUUUGGAGAGAGAAAAAUUAUUUAAUGGCUAAACAACAUUUCAUACAUAGUAAAGAUGGUUCUGGAUGUGCCGCAAUGUUAGUAGAAUUACAUGAACAACGUGGAUAUUCAAAUGAAAUAGACCUUUUUAUAGCCCAAGCAGUUUUGCAAUAUCUUUGUUUACAAAAUAAGAAAACUGCACAGGAAGUAUUUAAUUCUUAUACUUCUCGACAUCCAAAAAUAAAUAGCGGUCCACCAUAUCUUCUUCCUUUAUUGAACUUUCUAUUCUUCUUAUUAAAAACAAUUGAUAGCGGUAAAUUAGGAGUUUUUACAGUUCUUUGCGAUCAAUAUCAGAUAUCCUUGAACAGAGAUCCUUGUUAUCGUCAAUAUUUAGAUAAAAUAGGCCAGUUAUUCUUCAAUGUCCCACCACCACGUCCUCGUAAUACUGGAUUAUUUGGAUCACUUUUGCAAUCAUUUUUUAAUGGUUUAGAAGAAGAGGAUUCAGACGAUGAACAGCGAAAUAUAGCAUCGACGUCGCACGCGACACAAGAACUUGACUGAUUAAAGGUUAGACAACACUGGGCAGUGUGAUACAAGUAGUAAAUACUGAAUCUUUUUUUUAUUCCUUCGUCCCAGAUAUUUUCAGCUCCUGUAUCUCCUCCAUCUCAUAUGCCUGCAAUCGUAAAAUUUUAAAAGAAGUGAUGCAGUAUAGGUUUCAGGAAACAUUAGAUGCAGAAGCCUUAGGUAUGAAAGUAUGUGGGGGAAGAAUAUCGAAAGGAUUUUUAAAAAUAUUUGUGGCAUGUAUAUACUGAAUUCAAAAUAGCCCCCAAAAUAAUCUGUUUUACAUACUAAUAUUCCAGUUUUAAAGCAGUUUUAAAAGGACAAUGAUUAAAUAUACACGUGAUUAUGAAAUAUUAAUUAUCUAGUUACACAAAAUAAAUUUGCAUUAGCUGUAAUGAAUUCAGCAGAUAUAGGCUAAUAAAAAAACCGAGUGAAAAAAGCUCGAUAAUGAAUAUACCAUUAACAAUAAUGUCCUAUUUAUCAUACAUAUAAUCACUAAAGCAUGUAUUUGCGCGUAAUUGUUAGAUCAAAGAUUUAUUUUAUAUAAGCUACAUCGCAAGACAAAUAAACCUGACGUAAUCGUAACAUUGUAACUUCCGACAUAAGAUUCUUAAUGCAUUCGCUCGUAUAAAUAUUGAGUGUAAAUUGUAAUUUGUAGUUGCAAGCAAUAUACUUAUUUAUUUUAAUCUGCCAUUACACAAAAAAAAAUGGAACUUUUACAAUUAACACUAAUCUAAUGUGUUGCAUCGUAAGUUAAGGAAAAAACAAAAAAAAAAAAACAAAAAAAAAA